GUGUUUUUCUAUCACUGCAGCAUCAGCAGAGAAGAGAGGUGCACAAUCAAUUUCAGAGAGAAGCGUAGGAAAAGGCGAAGGUAGAUAAGGAAGAGAGAGGAGGGGAAAAGACACCAGGAUUUGCCAGAAGAAAAAAAGCAUCCCUGUGAAGAGAGAAGACCAGCAGGAGGGCGUUGACCUGACUUACAGAAACAGCGAAAAAAAAAGGAAAAGGGGGGGAAGGACAGGAGGGUCCAAAGACGUACAUCGAGGUAAAGCCGAGGAAAAGAAACCUAGCCUCACAUCUACUCGGCAAGAGUGUGUGUGUGUGUGUGUGUGUGUGAGGUGGCCCUCUCUGUGCAUUUUACUGCACGUGUGUGUGAGCAGGUGGGACUUUGAUGGGACAGUGAGCAAUGCCGCACACACAGCGACAGCAGGUUGGCAGUAGGGGCCAGUGCUCCCCUCACCUCCUCCCACACCUCCUUCUCCUCCUCCUUUCCUUUGCUGCCCAGCCCGGCCGAGCAGCCAUACACAUACCCCCCAACUACCACAUAAGUGAUCUGAAACGGCCUCCAAUGAUAACCACACAGCCGGAGUCUGUCACGGUCUUUAGUGUUGAAGACCUCGUCAUGCGCUGUGAAGCCACUGGCAACCCUGUGCCCAUUUUCCGGUGGACAAAGGAUGGAGAGGAGUUUGACCCAGGCAGUGACCCGGAGCUGAAGAUGUCAGAGCUCUCUGGCUCAUCCGCAUUCUACACACUCAGUAACACUAUGGACACUUUGAAGCAGUACCAAGGCAAAUACGUCUGCUAUGCAUCCAAUGACCUGGGGACCGCUGUCUCUCACGAGGCCAUUCUGAACACUGAUGCUCCCCCAUCUCAACAGAAAGAAAAAAGGGUAACUGUGAAGGCUGAGGAGGGAAACAGUAUUGUUCUGAAGUGUAACCCCCCGCAGAGCUCCAUGGAGCCCAUCAUUCACUGGAUGGACUGGAGGCUACACCAUAUCCAGCUUAGUGAGCGGGUGGUGGUGGGAAAGGAUGGCAACUUGUACUUUGCCUAUUUGACAACAGAAGACAGCAGGCAGGACUACACCUGCAAUGUCCAGUACCUGGCAACGCGCACCAUUCUGGCAAAGGAACCCAUCACUCUCACUGUCAACCCCUCCAACGCUUUACUGCGGAACAGGAGGCCGCACAUGAUGAGACCUACUGGAAGUCAAAGCGUUUACCAUGCUCUCAGGGGCCAGACCGUGGAGCUUGAAUGCAUCGUCCAAGGCCUACCAACUCCAAAAGUGUCAUGGCUGAGGAAGGACGGCGAGCUAUCUGAAUCCCGCACCGUAAAAGAUAUGCACGAUCGCCGCCUUCGCUUCAGUAACAUCUCUGAGAGUGAUGGGGGCGAGUACCAGUGCAUAGCUGAGAACUCCCAAGGGAAGGUCACACACACUUACGUUGUGACUGUGGAAGCGGCUCCCUACUGGACGAAGGAGCCUGUCAGUCAGUUGUAUGCCCCAGGUGAGACUGUCAGGUUAGACUGCCAGGCAGAUGGCAUCCCCUCUCCUACCAUCAGCUGGACCAACAAUGGGAACCCUCUCUCGGCAACCAACAAGGACUCCCGACGUACCCUGACCAACAGUGGGUCUCUAAUCCUAAAGGACGUCAACUUUGGAGACACUGCCAUUUACCAGUGCCGGGCCUCCAACAAGCAUGGGACCAUCAUCACCAACACAAACAUCUAUGUCAUUGAGCUGCCGCCCCAGAUCCUAACCGAGGAUGGGAAUGCAUACACAUUUACAGAAGGCCAGAAGGCUUUACUGGAGUGUGACACCUUUGGCUCUCCUAAACCUAAAGUCAUUUGGGAGAGCAGCAGCACCUCUUCCCUUCUGGCAGAUCCCAGAGUUAACCCGCUCGCUAAUGGCGGGCUUGAGAUCAUGAAUGUCACUCACGACGAUGAGGGCAUGUACACCUGCUCAGUACAAAACACCAACUUGUCCAUCAGUGUCAUGCUAGAAGUGCUCAACAGGACAGUGAUUAUUACACCUCCACAGGAUCUGAGAUUGCAACCUGGAAAAACCGCAAUCUUCACCUGUGUUUCCCUUGUUGACACAAAACUGGACCCUCCACUAAUUCAGUGGAGAAAGAAUGAACAGAAGCUCUUUCAGUCCCACAGUGAUGAAAAAUAUACAUUUGAUGGACCAGACCUGAUAAUAGCAAAUGUGGGACCAGAUGAUGAGGCUGUGUACACCUGUCAGGUCAUCACUAAACUGGACAUGGCUAAAGCCAGCAGCACCCUCACUUUGUGUGAUCGUCCAGACCCGCCUGUCCUCCUCCAGAUCACUGAUUCAAAGCGGCGAGCAGUCACCCUCAGCUGGACUCCUGGAGACGACAACAACAGUCCUGUGCUAGAGUAUUUGGUUGAGUUUGAGGAUCAGGGUUUGAAGGACAGGCGCUGGGAAGAGCUCAAGAGAGUAAGUGGUAACAAGGAGCGUGCCGGCCUCCCUCUGUGGCCCUACCUGUCCUACCGUUUCCGGGUCAUUGCCAUCAAUGAUGUGGGCCAGAGCGACCCAAGCAAGCCUUCAGAAAUCCACAACACAGUUGCUGAAGCUCCAGACGAUAACCCUGAAGAUGUCAGGAGUGAGUCCACAGACCCAGACACUCUGGUCAUCUCAUGGAAGGAAAUGGACAAACGUAACUUUAAUGGACCUGACUUCAAGUAUAGGGUAUUGUGGAGGCGAGUGGUAGGCAGCGGGCCAACCUGGAACACCAACUAUACAACUGCUUCACCUUUCACGGUCAAUGAUAUUGGCAACUUUUCAGCCUUUGAUAUCAAAGUGCAGGCUGUAAAUGGCAAAGGGGAGGGACCUGAACCUGACCCUGUCAUUGGGUACUCAGGAGAGGAUGUUCCACUGGAGGCUCCAAUGGAUGUGGGUGUUAAAUUGCUGAACAGCACAACCAUUACAGUGGCCUGGGCACCAAUAGACAGAGAUACGGUCAGAGGACACCUUCUGGGAUACAAGAUCUACUUGAACAGAAUCGAUUCAGGGGGGCACCACCGAGGCCGGAGGUCCCAUUCACUAGAGAGCACCAUGGUGGUGGAGACCGGAGCCAACGAGGAGAAGAGGGUAAUCAGUGAUCUCAGACCAUACUCCCACUAUGCUCUGGUUGUCAUUGUAUUUAACAGCAAGGGCGAGGGACCCCCCUCUGAGACGCUGCCCUUCAAGACUCCUGAAGGAGUUCCUGGUUCUCCAACAACCUUCAUCCUGGACAGUCAAUCAGAAACAGAAAUUACCCUCCAUUGGACGCCUCCUAGCCAGCCGAACGGCGUCCUCAUCGGAUAUCUACUGCAGUACCAGCAGGUUGUAGCGACUGAUGACAGCCCCAUGCAGGUAGAGACAAUAGACGAUCCCAAAGUGACCCAUCUCACCCUGAAGGGCCUGGAUCGCCACAGCCACUAUCGCUUCUACCUUAGGGGGCGCACGUCUGCAGGGGACGGGGAGCCCCUAAUGAGGGAGGGUGCCACGACGCUGGAUGGAGGACCUCCUGCCAACAUCAGCCUGUCUGUGGGGGAGAACUCAGUAAACCUCAGCUGGGUGGCCAAGAAAAGGCACAGGAAUGUUAGCUUCCAGAUCCAAUACCAAAAAAAAAAUGAUGGGCCUGUAUGGAAGACGUCAGAGAAGGUGAACUCCUCACAGUCUUUCUACCAGCUCCAGGGCCUCACUCCUGGCUCUCAUUACCGUCUGCGCUUCAUUUACAGCAACACCAGUUUCUGGGAACCUACGAUUGACACAACAGGAACAGCGGUGACAGAGGUGCAGCCAAGCAUUGCCACACAGGGUUGGUUCAUCGGUCUUGUGAGCGCCAUCGUGCUGCUGCUGCUGAUACUGCUCAUCCUCUGCUUCAUCAAGAGGAGUAAAGGAGGGAAGUAUUCAGUGAAAGAUAAAGAAGAGGGGCCGAUGGACUCGGAAGCCCGGCCCAUGAAGGAUGAGACUUUUGGAGAGUACAGAUCCCUGGAAAGUGACCUCGAGGAGAAGCGCACGGCAAGCCAGCCGUCCCUGGGUGAGGAGAGCAAGCUGUGCAGUGAAGACAACCUGGACUUCAAUGGCAGCAGUGCCAUCACCACGGAGCUCAACAUGGACGAGUCACUGGCCAGCCAGUUCAGCCGGCCCAGUGAGGGUCCAGAGGCAAUCCAUGGCAUGCCCGACAACUCCCCGCUCAACCCCUCCGCUGUAUCCCCAGCCACCAACGGCAUGCCCAACUCAGUCACCAUCCUCGAUUAAUCCCUCCAGAUGAGGGCCAUGAGACCAAAACCCGUCAACACAUAUGUGCCCAUACACUCCUGUACCCUACUGACCUGCUCAUCUGUAGUUUAUGACUAAUACACAAUCAAUAUGUUGACUUUUCAGAUGCACCCGGCAGUCAUCUGAUGGACUGGACUAUUUUGACCAAAGGAGAGUCCUAGGUAGUGGACUAUGUGAUACAAGUCUGACCGACCUGAAGAUGUCCUUGCCCCCCCCCCCCACCUCCUUUAUCUGUUGUUUACAAAACAUCUUAACAACUAACAUUCAUUUCCCUCACCUUCUCCUCAUGUUUUUCUCUCACAGAUGUCUCUAUGGAAAGAUAAAGACCGAAUGUCGUAGAGCUAGAAACAUCACAGGGAUUGUAGGAGUGGCCCCAUAGAGAUGCAGAGUAGUGCUUUGAGAGAGGAUGAUAAUGAUAGAGCUGGAAUUGGAGAAUCAGACAGCACAUGCUGCUGUGAAAAGUCUUGAAUCUUAGAUAUUUAUCAUGCCUUAUAUUAUUUCGCACGAUUUGUACGUCUUACGCCAUUUGAUGUCUCAGAUUGUAUGUGCCACUGACAUUUUUUUUAAUGUUUUCAAAAAUGUGUUUGGAUACAAAACACCCUUUUGUUACCUUUUAUUUAUAUCUUCACAGUUUCAUAUUGUUUUCUACUACAUUUGACAUCUCUUUAUUGACAUAUUUCAUAGAUCAAGUUGUUUUAAUUAAAACUAAUUGAAGCCAACUUUCUUAAUAUAAAUAACAUUGGAUGCAUAUGGGGAACUUGCUAUGAAAAUGCUGAGUAGCAUCUGGUGUAUAUAGCUGCAUCUACAUCUAUCUAUUUAGCCAUAAUACAGUAUUAUAGAUAUGUACAUGCUCCUUAUAAGUUCCUGUGCCUGCUGGGUCUGUAUAGAGCACCAGAUUGAUGUCAUUACUCUCUCGCCUUCCCACCAGAAGUGUAAUGUCAUUAUUUGAAAUGAUAUUGUAGUGUCGAGACCUAUGUGUAGCUUUCUGUAUCUGUCUUUGUCUCUUUCUACACUGUAUUAAAAAAACAUUGUUGUCUCUAAUUAACAACCUUUUCAUACCUGUCCAUCUCAUACUACACAAACUGAGGAGCAGUAUUUAUGUAUAUUAACAGACCAGAGAGCGGAGAUUUCUCCCAAGUUUUAUUUUUCAGAGCUUCAUCAAUGCAAGAUGAUUUUGCAGACAGGUUUAAUGAAUGCCAGUUAAUGUAUAAUAAAGGCAAGCUGUUGGUAUCUUCAUCAAACACAGAGAAUGUAUUCUUUUAAAGCUGGACAGACAUUGUAUUUACACGCUACUGAUUAAACAAAACUCUGAGCUACAACAAACCGGAGACAUAAGAGUGGUUAUGGUUAAUUCCCCCCCCCCCCCCCCCCCCCCCCCCCCCCCCUGCAGAAUGUAAAUACUACCCUUAAAGAUCGUUUUGAUGAACCCAACCAUCUUUGUUAUAAAAAUGUGAAAAAUGUGCAGGUUUGAAAACCAUCAACUUAAUUUUAAAAUGUUGCCAGUUGUCCUUUUUCUUUUUUGUACUGUUGCUAUGAAAUCAAACUUUUUCGACUAACGAUUGGGGUGAGGUUUGGCUGUUUGGAGCAAAAAUCAUCAACCUAGCUGUGGGAAAAAAUGAAAAAAGGGAAAAAGUUCACAUUGUUCUCUAGAUGUUUGCAAACAUUUCAGAAUUGAAUGAAAUAAAAAAAAAUGUGCAUUGGUGUCAUUUAAUGAUAGUGGUAGUUCCAUUACAGUGAAAGCUAAGAUUAUGUUCAUAGUCAUUCCCAUAACCAUGUAGCGAUGCAGUGCAGUGAAUAUCUGUGGAGUUUUUGUCUGAUGCAGUUAUGAGCGGAAGAGAUGCAGCGAGGCGGUUUGCGCAUACCACAGAGAGUAUCUUUAUGCAACGUCGCUGCCUCAGUUCUCCCUCUUCAAAUAAAAGCUUGACACUGGCCAAACAUCACCUGACAGUCCCUGAGAUAGAGUAUGGGAUGUCUAAAGGCUAGUGGCACUGACAGAGGUGUGUGUACACUCCUUAUUGUUGGUUCAGACACACUCAGGACAAACAAAAGCUUUUACAUUUUUAUUUUCAUACAGGAGCAAUGAAUGACACAAAUGAUGCCAAUGUUCUAACUUGAAUAUCUGCUGCCAAACAUCUGUGUUUGUCAGUGUUGGGGGCAAAUGUUAGCUUUGAAUGAGGGAAUGAGAGUACACACACACAGAUACUCACUCGACUGCCGCUCCCGCUCUAUGCUUUUCAUGAGUCGAGGGGAAAGCUGGCCUUUGCUUUUCCACUGUUUAUUUACCCUUUUAUAAAGUUGAAGGAUGAAAAAAACAACAACUAAACAGUGAAUUGGUUUAUUUUCAGGAGCAUAUUCAAACAACAACAAACAUUGAAUGCCUGAGGGGGAGAGAAAAAAAGAUUGAGGAGGAGGGUUAGGGAGUGUGUGCCUCUUUGUGGUAUUUGGGAUGGAAAAAAAAACACAAUGGGACUAACGGUAUCAAAAUGUAUCACGACAAAUGUGACCAACCUGUGAUUGGUGGACUUCAACUUCAACUGGGGCCAAAAACUGUAACUGCAUUAUGAUUCUACACCUGUACCUGGAUAUAUGACUGAAAAAUAAAGAACCUGGAACAAC